AUGGGCUUUCUUUACUCUCAGCUUUUCGUCGAACCAAAAGCUCCAACGACCCUCUUCACAGACCAGGUCAUCAUCGUGACAGGCUCCAAUGUUGGCCUCGGAUACGAAGCGGCUCGACACUUUGUCCGCCUCAAUGCCGCCCGCGUGAUUCUCGCCGUGAGAAACGUGGAGGCCGGACACAAAGCCAAGGAAACGAUCGAGCAAUCAACGGGCCGACAGGGUGUUUGCGAGGUAUGGGAGGUAGACUUGGCCUCGUACGACUCAGUACGGGCAUUUUCAGCACGAGCUUCACAGCUUCCUCGUCUGGAUGUGUUGAUGGCAAAUGCGGGCAUUGCGACGACGCGCUUCACUGCAGCAGAGGGACACGAACGCAGCAUCACCGUCAAUGUCAUCAGUACCUUUCUACUGUCGUUCCUGCUGGUGCCCGUUCUGAAGAGAACAGCAAAAACUUAUUCUGAUGCCACGCCUCACUUGUCUGUGGUAACCAGCGAAGUCCACGCCUGGACCGACUUGCCGGAAUGGAAAACGGAAAAUACGUUCAAUAGUCUGGAUGACGAGACGACAGCGGACAUGAACAUGCGGUACCCAGCCACGAAGCUUCUGCAAAUCCUGGUAACUCGCGAGCUGGCUGCGAGGUUGAAAGGCUCAGGCGUUGUGGUCAAUAUGCUGCAACCUGGGAUGUGUCACUCAGAAUUGACUCGCGAGGACGGAUGGACGACAAGUAUGCUGAAGUUGGUGCUGGCUCGAUCUACUGAGGUGGGCAGUCGGACGCUUGUUGCAGCAGCGUCAGCGGGGAUUGAGAGCCACGGAACCUACAUGAGAGACGGCGAGAUUGACAACGAGGCGUUGUCGCCGUUCGUGAGGAGCGAUGAUGGAGCGAUAGCACAGGAGAAGGUGUGGGGAGAGUUGACUCGCAUCCUCGAGAAUAUUUCUCCGGGCGCAACAGCGUUCUGA